AUUCCUUCAUCCGCACAUCUCACCCUUGCUUUUUGACCGUCUUGUUCUUACCGCCCUUCCCACGGGUCCUGAUCCGUCUCUAAAUUCCACACAACAAUGUCUAUGUCUGAUUUGCUCGCUCCUGCUGACAUCUCAAAGGCCUUGGGAGCCUGUGCAGCUGCCGAGUCCUUCAACCACAAGAAAUUCUUCGAGACGGUCGGUAUGAAGAAGAAAAGUAAAGAAGAAGUGAAGAAAAUUUUCUACAUUCUGGAUCAAGACAGGAGCGGAUUCAUAGAGGAGGAUGAACUAAAGCUUGUGUUGAAAGGCUUCGGUUCAGAGGGUAGAGCACUGUCUGACAAGGAAACCAAGGCUCUCCUUGCCGCCGGUGACAAAGACGGAGAUGGUAAAAUUGGCAUUGAUGAGUUUGCAACCCUGGUUGCUGAGUGCUAAGCCGUUAAAGCCAUGGGUCCUGUCCUUGCACAGUGCCACGUUCUCAGUCACCAAUUUAUUUAUUGCUCCCAUUUUGUACAUCACCUUUAGUCCCUACCUCCUGGAUCUCCGUGUUGGAACACUGCAUAAUACCACGCAAUAAAGGGCAAGAACACCUGGGAAACAAGCGUUUGUUAUGGUUGUUUUUUUUUCCCUUUUUUAUAUCAUUUUGUGUCUUUCUUUGAUCUGAUAAAAAAAUAUGUGUUCCCUGGCAAUCCUACUUAUGUAUUUUAUAAAAUAAAUAUUCCCACCGCCGCUGGUGGUCUAAUACUAACACACACACACAGUCCUCAAAAAGAUUUCAGCUGCUGUCCCCUAUUGAUAGAGGGUCAAUGUCAUGCUCCAAGCAAUAAAAUGGAAGGACUCUCAGCCACCUCACAGGACCGCCCACGAGGGAGACGGGACAAAGAUGAUGCAAAAAUGAUUUUGCUGCCUACUAGAUGGCAUUGUACCAUAAAAAAAAAUUGGGGCGGGAGAAAAUGAACAGUCUGGAACUGAGAUAGACAGGCUUUGUUUUAACAGAGCAAACUUGAAGGGAUAGUAAACACAUAGAGAACAUAAAAUGCUUAAAGGGACGGUCUACACCUUAGCCAUCUUUAAGUCUUACCUUAGAUUAAGUUGCAAAUAGCCUCCUGCACCACUUUCUAUAUUAUGCAGCAGGAACAGUAAAAAAGUUAUUUAAAAAAGAAUAUCUUUUCUGGCCACUUUGAAAAACUCAACCCACUGAUGACAUCACGAUACGAGCUGCAUCUGGGCACUCUGCUGAAUACCAUUGACAGUCUGCUGAACCCAGCUUGUGAGCCUUUUGUGAUUUGACGCCAUAUGCAGCUUGGAUUGUGACCUCAUAAGUGGGCGGAGUUUGGCGGCCAUUUUUCUUUUUAAAGGGGUGCAGAAGACUAUUUGCAGCUUAAUCUAAGGUAAGACUUUAAGAUAACUAAGGUGCAGACCGUGUCUUUAAAGGGAUAUUAAAAGUGAAACCAUAAAGUGCUCUUAUAUGUUAGAGCAUUUUAUUAUUGUACCAUUACUUACACAUAACUGUGUGUUUAUCUUUUAAAAUGACACAUUCUAUCCGAACUAUACAAGUUUUAUUUUGACUUUCCAAUUCCUUUAAUCAUGCAUAAUAAAACGACUUUGCAAUAUAA